AUGUCGCAACGAGCUUCUUACCGUCCGAUCCUGCCUCGGGGUGGUGGCAAUCUGCCGCCGCCACCACCACCACCACCACCACCAGUUUCCGAUUAUCUCCCACGGUUACGCUCCAUCAUUUCAGUGGCAUGUGAGAACUGCCGGCGAAGCAAAAUCAAGUGUGAUGGCGAGCGGCCAGUCUGUCGCGCGUGUACUCGCAACAAACGGCCGUGCACCUACCGUGCUGAGGUCGGGGAGUCUGGUGUUGCAUCCUUGAAGAGGCAGCAUCUAGAGGCCCAAGAAGAGAUUCUACGACUCCGGAAAUCGCACAAGUCUCUCCAGCGUAUUAUAUCGGCCCUGCAGACCCGAGAGGACACCGAGGCGCUCUCGAUUGUCCGACAUCUGCGCGACGCGCAGGAUCCCGAAGCUGUCGCCAGACAGCUCGAGGGCGGCGAUGUGCUGCUCCAGCUUUGCGUCCACCCAGAGUCAAAGUUUCGCUUCACGUUUCCAUUUCGUUGGCAAAUGCCAGAAGCGCUACGCACGCCGGGAAAUGCGUACCUCAAGUCGCCCCUGUUUGAGUCGGCGUUUUUGGCGCCAGACCGCAACGCAGCAGCAGCAGCAACUUCCCUGAUUGAGACUCAGCAGCCGCAAUAUUUUAGGCCGUAUGCUGUGGCUCAGAUUGCCGAUUCUCGAAUCACUGGCGCUGAAUUCUCCCACUGGACAAGCGUCUGUACUGACGAUAAGCUUAUGAGGGCUCUGUUACAUGUCUAUCUGCUCACGGAAUAUCAAGCGUUUCCCUUUUUUCACAAGGACUUUUUCCUUGACGACUUGAACGCGGGGCGUCCUCGAUUUUGCUCCUCAUUGCUCGUUCAUGCCAUACUGGCUCAUGCAUGUUUGAUUCAUCUGCCCUUUCCUGAUCGAGCAGAAUACUGGAAUCCGCAUUUUCUGGGCUAUAAGUUCUUUGCUGAAGCGCGAAGGCUCUGGGACAUGGACCGAUUUGAGCCUGACUCGGUCACUACCAUACAGGCUGGCCUGAUCAUGAACCUUGUCUACAACGUUUACUCAAUGGACAAAGUCGGCCUUUCCUAUGGUGCACAAGCUUCCGCCAUGGCGUAUAAGAUGGGCUUGUUCAAACUACCUGACGAGGUAACGGACCCUAGCCUUCAGAUUGUCCGCGAUUUUACUGCGUGGGGUCUGUAUUAUUGCAUCAGUUUCCAGUGUUAUCAUGUCAUGACACCCUCGCCGUUGCAAUACGAGCCGGCCGCGCCCCUCCCCGACCCAGACACCAAUCCGGAAUGGUACGGCGAAUUUCUUCUGCAGUACCCUUCGAAUCAAAAAACGAUUCCCAUGAACUAUCCUCACUGGACCAAGUUCAAAUUUGACAUUUGGUGUAUAUUGCGUCCGGUCGCAGAUGAGCUUUUCAACAAGGAAGAGAAGAGCGAUCCAGCGACGUGCCGGCAGAUGUACACUCGAGCAUUCGAGAAAAUGAUGAGUUUGUACUCGGCAUUGCCACCGCAGCUCUCACCUAUGCAAGUCGUUUUCCCAUUGCACAUGGGUAUACAUACAUGGUAUCACAACAUCAUGUCGGGCAUUUGCCAGCUCCUCAUCUCCGAGCUUGGCGACUCUCCGGUUUCGAGCCUGCGCCUUGCUGCCGAAGCGCAGCUAGUACACUCCAAGAUCUGCUUCGAAACCAUCUUGAGAUUGUACUACCUUAGAAAUGGGUACGACGGCGGCAACAUGCUUCUUUUGCACUGCCUAGCUGUCCUUUCUUUCAACGCACUCGCCGAGCGUCAAUCGCCCGGCGCUGUGACAGACUUGGCAUCACAGGAAGACAAGAGGAGCACAUUGAUACUCGCAGCCAAGGGCCUUCACGAUCAGGGCAAAAAUUACUUCAUGAGCGCAACCAUCUCGCGUGUCCUUCAGAGCCAAAUGGCACCCGAGGACCUCGACAUUGUGUCUCAGUAUUGCACGUCACGCAGCGAGCAACCCACGGUGCAACAAGCUCGCGCGGAGCAUGUCAAGGCACAGUAUCCGCUGAAUAUAGUGAACAUGUCGGAUGUUCCAGAGGAGCAGCGUUUGGGGAACAUGAUUAAGCAGUACGAGGAACUAGCCAUACAGCAAGUUGGUUAG